GGUAAGAAGUGUUGCCAAAGGAAACCGGAUCUUGUCGCGGCCAUUUACGGAGGCGACGAAGUAAUCCGCGGAGUCAACGAAACCAUCAUCAUGAACGCAUCAUUAUCAUACGACCCUGAUGUCGGACAAGGCAACCACUCAGGAAUGAGCUUUACCUGGUAUUAUGGUGAGAUCAAUUGUAACCUCUCCGGACGGGGUUGUAAAACAAAAGAUGUCUUCACAGGAGUAAACGAGUCAACGAUCCACUAUUCUAGGAACGCCUUUGGUGUACAAAUGAUCUUAAAUACUUCAGCCAUGUCUCCAAACAAGACCUACAUAGUGAAAAUGGUCGUGACCAAGGACUGUCGCAAUGCAAGCGCUUAUCAAAUCAUCCAUAUAAAGAGUUUUAACCCCUUUCAAAUAUCCCAAAGGUGCGAGUUUUUUCUCUUUGGUUGUUUUAUUUUUCCUUUUUUAUUGCCCUUUUUUUCAGAUUAAAGGUGAAAAUUGAACCUUAAUUGUCUCUGCAAGACCUUAGGUUCUCAUUGGAUCACUGAAGGAAAACAAAGGAAACUUUACAGCUCCCCUAUUUGCGUAAUUUCAGCCUCUCUGUCGAGUGCGCCCCAAAAGAUACGUCCGAAGUCGUUUAUGGUUCACUUCCAUGCUCAGCUACUCAGCAGGGAACGUGCCUGUCUCACAAAUUAAAAAUAACAAUCAUUUAUGAUAUUUGUUUUUCAAUGUUUUUAUAUUUUCAGUUUCCUUAUAAACCAUGGACUCAAGGUCGUCAGUCCGUCAGUUAAGCUCAGUGUCCAGGCGCAAUGCCAUGGAUCACAGUGCUCUGAAAUAUCUUCCUAUGAAUGGAUUCUCUACGAGCUCUACAGAUCCAAUUCGUCAGUUGUAUGGAGGAAGCAGGAUUUACAGCCUAUCACUGACACGCCGCUCGGUUCAAGCUACAUAGUAAUCAAGGAAGGAUCCCUUACUGGUGGAAAGAACUACCGCUUGAAACUAUUCGCGACAACUAGAGACGGUUUACAAGGGAUGAGUGCUUACGACUUCACCACCGCGUUACCCCCUACAGGGGGGAUAUGUGGGAUAAAUCCGUCAAGCGGCAUCUCACUAAAAACCGAUUUCAACCUGACUUGUGUUGAUUGGAAAAGUGAUCAGAAUCCUCUGUCCUACAAAUUUCAUUAUCAACUAGAGAAUGGUGCGCGCAGCAUGCUAUAUCAUGGCUUGAACAACAGUGUUAUUUCUUGGCUACCGUCCGGCGACAUUUUAACAGACUAUUCUAUAAAGCUCAUCUUUACAGUGACUGAUAAAGUCGGUGCGUCUGCCCCUGCCGUUUACCUAUUGGUCAAGGUAGGCUGUUAAUUUCUGAUAGCGCAGUUUUCAAUUGACAGCCAAUCAUAGCAAAGGUCUGCGUGAUUAUUACCAAUGAAGACCUAAAGUAAAAACAGGCAAACUAUCAGUAGCGCAGGAAAACACGGGCGACCAUAGAGCGUCCCGACUAAUAUGUGGCCCAGACAAAGAAUAUCCUGAAAGACUUCUAGAGUUAAAAUGGGACUCUUUAGAACUGAGAAGGCAAUACCUUAGCCUAGUUCAAAUGUAUAAGAUUAUAUUUGGUCACUGUGAUAUCAAUUCCAUCAUUACUUUCAUAUUAUUGGAAUAACUCGAACUAGAAGUAAGCAUGAGUAUAAAAUAAGGCCUAAAGUUGCUCGUACAAAUUAUUUUAAAUAUUCUUUUUUUUAAUAGAUAUAUUAACGAUUGGAACUGUUUGCCUUCUGAAGUAAUGUCAUCCCCUAGCCUUCAGUCUUUUAAAGCUUCACUAAUUAAGUACCUCCGCUCAUAAUUACCCCAAAUACCAGUUUUUUUAAAAUUUUUUUUAUUUUUUAUUUUUAUUUUUAUUUUUGGAGGGUAUGUCUUAGCAUGGGAAUUUAGUUUCCCCCUACUACCGUCCUGUCAACCAUUUUUGUACUUUUGUUCGAUGUAUGGUUACGAACUGUGAUUAAAGACCAAGUUUUUCGUUUGGCAUCUGAUCGGUUUAAAGCCAAGUUGUUCUUGGUCAAAUUCGGCAAACUAGCAUCAGGGCAUUUUAUCAAUCUUCUUUCCAAAACCCGUUUAAUUUGACUCAAAUUAUCGAAUAAUAACCAUAUAAGAAGACUGAAGUUGGUCUUUGAUUUUCCUUAGGUUAAGCCUCCACAGUCUUUGGGAAUAAAAAACGUCUCUGGCAUUCUCACAGCAAAUGACAGCUCAUUUAAUGAAGCCAUUAACAAUGGAGACUUGGAUAAAGCUGCACAAAUAGCAAACUCUGUUCUCCAAAUUAUUUCAACUGAUACUAAAAUGGAUUCACAAGAUAAAGCUAGGGUAAGCAAAGCUUACAAUAGUACACAAUUUACAUAUAAGUUGUAUUUAGUUACUACUGCUCAUUACACUGGCUAGCAAAUAUGACAACAGUAAAGCUCCUCCACUCCUGUUUGUUCCGGGCCAUCUCAGUGAUGAUUCCCCAUGUGUGAUUUAAAUAUAUCAACACAUUUGUCACACAUUGUAGAUUCAGUUUAUAACUCAAGACACUGAAACGUACAAAUCUUUUUGUGCUUGCAGAUUCAAGAUUUAGUCAUCAAGAGGAUUGUCUCGCUGAAAGUGAAAAGCAUCUCAGCGCUGCUCCAAAGCUCCUCUGUGAUUUUUUCUGCUCUACGGGUGGCGGAGAAAGUGUCUCACAAGUCACUGGUGAGUUAAUUGUUAUGAGCAGCUCAUAAUGCAUUUGGAAGCAGUGGGCUGUCUUCAGUAGUUUCAUGUUCAAUUCCCUGAAGGAUAUAUUCAAGGUUUCGUUCGUAAAAAUAAUAGCGUCUAAAUGACACUUUCGAAUUCUGGUGCUGGUUUUAACUCUGUAUAGUCAGUUCAACUCUGGUCUGAUUGAAUAGAAUCAAUUUGGUGAUAGGGUAACUUUUACCUCGAUAGCAUACAACCAAAACGCAAAGGUGACAGUGCAUUACAUCCCCAAUUAUGGCGAGGCGUAAUUCCUCAUUCGACCUCAAAGCCUUACGGAGACUUGCAUUAUAACUGUCGAAAAGAGGCGAUAAUCGAUCGAAAGUCCCUCUUCAUCGUGGAAAAAAGGAUAAAAUGGCCAUUUAUGCAAUUAAUUGUUGUUUUAGUGUUUCUUUAAGAAAAAAACACUGUUUAUUUGUUGAAUUCAUAUGUGUAGUGUAAGGGUGCAAAACCAACUGAACAAUCGGCUCACCCUGUAGUGGUAAAAAAUAAUCGAAUAUAAACGUUUUGUCGCACUUAUAAUUAACACUUAACAGGAAUCAUCCCUGACUGCUAUUCGCUCGAUGACCUCACUUCUCUGGAGGACUUCCUAUUCUAAAAACGUAACUGAAAUUCCUCUGGUACCUCAAUCUGCACACAACUUAGCUUUGUGUCUUGAAAACGUGGUAAAAGCAGGAGCAGUGAGUGCGUCAAGUCAUGAAAGUUUAAAUAUCCAGGAACAGGUAUCAAUCAGAUAGGUUUUCAAAGCUGUAAGACGUAUUUAUGUCAGCUUAUGACGUUUAGUCUACGUUAGCUAUGUAAGCGAGUGAAGACACAUUUCAAAAGGUUUUCAUUGAGAGAUGAACUCACUGUACAUCUGGCCAUGCCUUCCUGUCGUGUAUCAAUCAUCGGUUGACACAAUAAAAAGUUUGGCUUGUGAAAGGAUUAUUUUGAAAUUGUACAACAAAGUUGUAAUCAGUGUUGGCCGACCACAAUGAUUGUAAUCAGGAGAAUUUGCUACCAGAAAGAAUUCUUAUAAUUGUUUUUAAAUGAUACUAUACAUUUGAUUACGGUUGUUUGGGAGAGAUAACGAAAAUCUCCCAAAUGCGACUAAAAAACUGCCGCUAAAACUGCAACUAAUUGCGACUAAAUGCGGCUAAAAUUGCGACUAAAACUACGACAACACAUACGCGAGAAAUCGUAAGCGUAACUUGCUUACGACUGAUUAACGUUAAAUGUCUCAGCGCGCACGCGCUAAUUGCACGACACGCCAGUCCGGUACUUUCUUCUUAACAACGGUAUAAAUGUCUUUCUCAGCAAUGCCGAUGGCAUAAGAGGACUUAUCGUCCUUUAGAUCUAGCAAUCAAAGACGUAAGGUCUAAUGCAGUGAUGACUUAGCGUUCGCUCCAAAGCAUGGACGUCUUUACUGGAAGCAUUUCAUCACCUAUAAUAUAUUUGUUUUAGAUUUGAUUAAGUUGCUUUUGUUCUUUGAUAUUUCGUACAGGGUAAAUCAUUGGUAAAUACUUCUAUGAAGGUCCUUGGUGAAGUUUCGGCCGCAGUGCUGGCUCUAAAGGUGCCGGAUGAAAAUAUGACAUCGAUCACAACGAGAGAACUGUCCAUGACAUUAAGGCGACACACCCCUGAGAGACUUGCAGGGUUGGAGAUAAAAGGAGGAAAUGGUCGGUUCAUUUUCCCGCCGAACAGAACAGAACUAGUUCCCAAAAAUAACGGAACACGUUUCGUUGAUAUUCAGGUAAGAGCACAUUGUGCAAUAUUCUGGAUCUCGCUGGCAAGAAGCCUUUUACCAAUCCUGUUAACACCAAGUUGAUCUUACAUGAAUGAGUAUGAACUCGUUUAAAUUUUCACUAGGAUUCGCAGAGAGCUUCCCUUUUCUAAGUCAUACACGAUUUUUUUUACAACUGAUUUGAGGACUUUGGUGACUAUCAUCACAUGAAUUAAACAACCGCUGUACUUGAUAAUUCAAUACUAUUCUGUCAACAAGAAUGACUUGAUGUAUUCCAACCGAUUGUAGAUGGUGUCUAUUUCGUUCAACCCAUACACUUGGCACAGUACAAAAGAGCGAGUCAACUCUGAUGUUCUAGUCCUGAACUUGAAAAACGACAACAGCGAAAUGUUGGAAGUAUCAAGUCUAGACGAAGAAAUUGUCAUUGUUGUGCCGUUAAAACCACAAACACCUUCCAAGGAGAAGCUAUGGUAUUUUAUAAAGGAAGAUGAGCUACGUUUCCACGAGAUAAAUGUCACGCACAAAAAUACCCUACUGAUACUGGAAAUUUUACCGCAAGAUCCAACUGUACAUCUCCUUGUUUACAUGCGCUUUGGUCAGCGGCCAACGACCCAAGAAUAUGACCUCAAUGCUACUAUCUCCCACAGCGGUAAUUGCGUGUGGAAGCCAACUGCGCAAGGCAAAAAAGAAGGAGAAACGGAGUGCUCUUUGAAUCCACUUACAUCGAUAGAAGCUUUAGCUAAACGUCCGGGAAAGUACUAUCUUGGUUUCCUUAGCGUCGUAGUCAAAGACACCCCAGUCAGUAGCGCAGUUUAUGACUCCAAAACAUAUCAGAGCUAUACUCUUAAGGUGGCUUUAGGAAGCUGUGUGUUCUGGUCGGAUAAGCAUGAGAUGUGGAUAACAACUGGCUGUCGGGUGGGUGUUUAGUUAUUUGAAUCAUUGGUUAAUCUGUUUGAAAGUUUACAAUAAUAUCUACACAAUUCAGAGACUUCAUGGAUCGGUGUGUAAUCUUGGACAAAUAUAUGUGUUGAUGAUAAUAUGAUGAUGUUCGUUUCAUUGGAAAAAUGGCGAUGACAACUACUUUUAACUGAAAUAGCUAUUCUUUAUAGUAAAAUGCAGUAAACUUGAUUACCAUUUCUGGUGCCAACAGUAUGAUCAGAAAGAUAUGAGAACCAAAGCAUUCUGUUUUUGUGAAUAUUUGCAGGUUUUAGCUGCAACAGAUGGUUUUAUAAACUGCAGUUGUAACCAUCUGACAGCAUUUGGAGGAAGUCUCUUAAUUAAACCGAAUCCUAUCGACUUUGACAAGGUUCAAGUGGAGUUUAAUAGAUUACCAGAGACUGGAAAUAUUGCAGUUAUUGUGACGUUAGCUACGAUCGUCUUCUGUUAUACGAUCGCACUCAUUAUUGUUAGGAAAACUGACAAACGCGACGGAAGAGAUGUGAGUAUGAAAACAAGGUUUUUUUUGCAUCGGUUAAUUGAGUGAGUUCUCCAUUUAGAAAAAUACAUAUAGAUUUGUUUGAGGUCACAUACAUUUUAAAAUAUUCUCCAAAAACUAUCGUACAUUUGGAAAGUAGCUGGCGAGUGAGAAAAGAGCAUUUGGCGAGUAGUGGCUGGUAGUUCCUGCCCAUUAUACUGGCUGUAACAUAGGGAAGCAACGAAGGUCCUACAUUCCCGUCUCCUCCGGGUCAGCUUGAUAAUGGUGCCUCACAUGCGGUUUCAGGCUUUCAGCUCUUUUGUGCCGCAAGGCGUCGUGUGUUUCAGACUGCAUGAGAUCCUCCAUGCUCACCAAGGCCUGAAACCUGUUCUUCAGUUGCAGCACAAAUAUAUUGUUCACUUUGGAAUCUUGGCUGAAUCUAAGCUCUCCUUAUCUUACAGUAAAUGGUUUUAACCCGAGUGUAACAUGUGAUAGUGUAGUUUGAUCGUCUGGGUGAAUGUAGCCCUGAGAAGGACUGUUGUCGGUAAUGGUGACUGACGUUUCGACAACCUGAGCGGAAGUCAUCAUCAGAGUAAAGUGAAAGGUUGUUGUCAGUCGAAUGUACUUAGUCCGGUUUGUAUAAACUGAUUGGUCAGUUUUGCCGUGAUGUUAUUGGCUGAGACGCCUCCUACAUCAGUGAGACCGGCAGAAGCCUCACAACUAGACUGACUGAACACAAACGAGCGACGAGGAAAGGCGAUGUCAACAAUUACAUUGCUUAACAUCACACUAUUUACUUGGACUCUGCGCAAUGCGUAACCUACACCACCAACUACUUUCAACGACUGACCCUGGAAAGUUGGUUUACUAACUUGGAACAGACUCCCCUCAACAGGUGUCAACCACUACCGGCACCAUACAAACGAGUCAUUCACGACAUUAACAUUACAAACGAACCGAACAGAACGACCUAACUUCACUAAUGGAUCGAAACCUACCAAUCACGACUGACCUACGCCACUUGAGUCUUACAGCCAAUAAUAUCACGCCAAACUGACUAAUCAGUUUAUAAAAACCGGACUAAGUACAUUCGACUGACAACGACCCUUCACUUUGCUCUGAUGAUGACUUCCGCUCAGGUUGUCGAGACGUCAGUCACCAUUACCGACAACAGUCCUUCUCAGGACUACACUCACCCGAAUGAUCAAACUACACUACUACAUCUCCUAAUCUUAUUUGUAUCUUAUCGUUCCCCACCCCCCCUCCCCAAAAAAAGGAAAAAAAGCGGAUCAGCUAGUGAUUAAUAACGUGAAAGAUAUCUCUAACAGGCCUUUUUCCUUUUUAUUAAGCUUGGUCUUCCAACACAACUUCCAGCCCCACCAAACUGUACAUACGAGUACGAAAUAAUGAUCACUACAGGGGUCUGGAAGAACUCUGGCACAACUGCUCAAGUUGCCAUGGAGAUUUACGGUUCUGAUGGAAAUAGUGGCAUUCUUCGGCUUUGCCAGGGAGAGCUUGGUGCAUAUGAUAUGUUAUUCUCUCGAGGUAAUUCAGACCUCUUUGUACUUAAUGUUAACAACUCACUUGGUGCAAUACAAGAAGUGCGGAUUGGUCAUGAUAACUCUGGUGACAGUCCCUCCUGGUUUUUAGAGGAAAUUUUGAUCCGUGACGUACAAUCUGAUCAGUCGUGGAAAUUCAUAGUCGGUAAGUGGUUCGCUCUUGAGCGCAGAGAUGGGCACAUUGAGCGAAUAUUUGACUCAACUGCAACUCAACUAGAUUUCAGCAGCGAGGUUGCAAGACUAUGGCGGAGAGGCCUCGCACAGUCGCAUCUUUGGAUUUCAGUUGCAGCCAAGCCAAUAAGAAGCCGCUUUACAAGAGUACAGCGGGUUUCUUGCUGCUUUUCAUUGCUACUGGCAUCUAUGUUAGCUAACGCGAUGUUCUAUAAGCUAGAUGGCAAAUAUGAACAGCCUAUCCAAGUUGGACCGUUGAAAUUCUCGUGGAGACAAGUUGUUACUGGUAUUGAAAGUGCGCUUAUUGUGGCACCCAUAAACAUACUCUUAGUGUUCUUGUUUCAAAAAGGAGCCGAAAGGUCCAGAAGUAACGAUAACCAUUGUUUUAAAGCUGCUGUAAUCCACUGUAUCGCCUGGUUCGGGUUAUUUUUUUCUUGUUGUGUUUCUGCCACAUUUACAGUCUUCUACAGUAUGAUUUGGGAAAAGACUGUUAGCGAGCAGUGGCUUUUCUCAGUGUUCGUCUCACUUGCGCAGGAUGUGACCUUCACGGAACCAGUAAAAUUGUUCUUUACAGCUUUGAUCCUAGCAGCCAUUUUCAAAAUAAAGGCUAAAAGAUCAGAGGUACUAGGAUGCGAAAAUUCUAAUCAAGGUAAAAGUAGCAGCUCGAAAGAAAGAUUUUGGAAGCUGAAAUUGUCAGAUGUAGAAAAGAUGAGAAGAAGCCAAGCCAAGAAAGAGAACCUGUCACGUUAUUUCGCAGAGUUGGGUAUCUACUUGGUCUUCGUUUUCUUGCUGAUGGUAGUGUGCUAUGGAAACAAAAAUGACCAUCGGUACCUGAUGACAAAAUCAAUCCGAGAUGGCUUGCCAAACUUUAGUGAUGUGAGUAAAGUUUGCUUGGCUAUGAACUUAUUCAAAAAGGAAUUUACUCUAAAGUUGUGCUCAGGAUUAACCUCUCUUGCAGCGUUCUCUGAAUUGGAUUCUUAAGACUGAAAAAAUGGUAGAAGAUUAAACUUUUCUGACUCAAGAAGGGAAGUAUGUUGCUUAUCGUUUUUCACGAACGGGCAAAACUAUAUUUUGCAUUCUAAACAAAAUAUUGUUAAAAUAUUGUUGUAUCAAGGAUUCCCGACGAUAAUCGCUAUGUGAUCAUAGUGUCCGCACAUACGUGCCAAAAGGCGACCAAUUUAAGGAAACGAUGUAGGGCGCACGUGUAUAAACAUUCGUUUACCACGUGCUGAUUAAUCUCAAUUCGCACGAGUACCUCUUUCUUUCGAUUGUCUAUCCAUACUGAUACAGUCACAAAGUUCAAUUGACUUUUUGAUUUUGAAUCAAUUUAGGUGGCAGACGACAAGAUGUACUGGAGAUGGUUGCAAGAUAAUUUUAUUCCUGGAGUGUUUUCUGGCAGAUGGUACAACGGUCAAGAGGAGAAACAAACAACGUACAUUGGAAAUAAACAUUCUCUUCUUGUUGGAAUGCCUCGAAUAAGGCAACUCAGAGUGAAAUCGAGUAAGUCUUUUCCUAUUCUGUACUUUUAAUAACAAGGCAAAUUUAAUAUUUAUCAAGGGUUACACACCAUUUUACCCGAUACGUGUAUUGCUAACACUGUAUGAGGUGAAUGAAUAAAGGGGGUAAGUUUCUAUAGUAACUGUGGUGCUGCGUCGGUGGGAGAGUAUAACAGGGUAAUUUAGUAUUAUCAAGUGAGUUGUUAACGUUAAUUGGCCACCGUAGAGAGUUUGAAAGCUGACGUUUCGAAUGUUAGCCUUUCGUUAGUGAAAUUAGCGAGGGGCUAACGCUCGAAAUUUCAGCUAUGAAACUACUUACUAUUAGAGAUGCUUCGGCAAACACGAAGACUUAUCUCAACAGAGAGCUACCUGUAUCCAAACUUUAAAGUUAAGUUUUUCAGUCUCGUCAACUUUGUAUGGAGAAAAGGCAGAGCACAAGUGAAAAAAAAUAUCUCGGAACCAGACCACUUAAAUAAUUGUUGUUUAAAUGGUUUCGUUGUUGAUUGUCCUGGAUUCCUAUGUCAGGAAGGAAAUACUUGCCCUUAAUCAAAAUCGGGAGUGAAAUCCCACGCCGGCGAAAGUCAUGGGGAACGGCCCAAAAGAGGCGACCAUACUUAAAAAAAGAUGGUACGUUAAGGCAAACGUUAGUAUGAAAUUUUCUCCUUUGCGCUUUUCAAACGUUUUGUUGCGCACAACAGAAGUGGACAUUUCUCCGUUUUUGAUAACGAAUUGCGGCGUACCAGCACAUACAAUGAAUCUCAAAAUAACCUUCUGGUACUAUCCAUUUUUGUCAAAAUUGCAGCUUCGUGUACCAUUGCAAUGUUUAAAGAAUGCUACAAAGGGUAUUCUAACACAGACGAAGACAAGACCGCCUGCUUUAAGCCGGGAUGGAAGCCUGUUGAUAACUUCACGAGUAACGACGAAUUGCCACGACUUUGCCCGAAGCCAUGGCGAUAUCAAAGUGCGAAGGAAACCGACACCGUAGCAAAGUGGGGACAGUUGUCAUUUUAUCAUGGAGAAGGAUUUAUAGCAGACCUUGGGAACGACAACCAAACAGGACAUCGCAUAAUAACAAAUUUAAAAAAAAGUUGUUGGCUAGACAAGCAAACGAGAGUUGUCGUCGCAGAGUUUUCCUCGUUUAAUCCCUCAGUGAAUAUUUUAGGUGUUGCCACAUACUUCUACGAAGUUGAGGCGUCGGGAUUCAAAGUCGCCUCGACACAAAUUGAUAUCAUUUCUCGUGAUUCUUCGGAUACAGCUUCACUUCAGUUUUACUCGAUCUGCCUUUUUCUAUUUAUUUUACUCGUUAUUCUGCAUUUUGGAAGAGAGAUCUUCAGAAUUUAUAGUCAUCGCUCUCGUUAUUUCCAGUCCGUGUGGCAUUGGGUGGAGAUGCUCCAAGUUGUUUUUUCUGUGUUAGCCGUUGUAAUUUACCUUAUACGACAACGUAGAGUAAAUACAGCGACGGGAAAGUUGCAAGAAAACAUUGACACAAACAUCAGUUUUCAAGAAGCUAUUAUUUGGCAGGAAGCAGACAAUGCUGCACUUGGAGUCCUAAUUUUUAUCGUCACUGUAAAGCUCUUGAGAAUCAUUCGGUUGAAUAGUCAAGUUGUUGUAUUCUCCAAAGCAUUGAAGAUAUCAGCGCGAUCCUUGUCAUCGUUUAGCAUUAUUCUAUUGACUUUCUUUAUUGCAUUUCUGCACUUCGGUGUUUUAAUGUUUGGCACUGGAUUUGAGCGCUAUUCUUCUUUGCUUAAAGCAACUUAUUUCCAACUCGAGCUAACUCUAGGGCGAGUGAAAGCUAGACCAAUCAAUGAACUGUCCGAGACUCACAACAUAUACGCCAAAAUCUUCUCCUUCGUAAUUCUUUCAACCCUUACUAUCGUCUGCAUGAAUUUUUUCAUCGGUAUGAUAAACGAUGCACUUCUGGAAGCAAAGAACACCGCUGGCCAAAGUGUACUGCACGAACUUGUUAAUAAAGAUCCUUGCAUAAGCUCAAAGGACAGAAAAGCAUUUUUCGAUGUGAUCAGUCACAAGCUGCGACAGUCGAAGGCCUCACGAACGCUAGACGAGAUGGAGAAAAAAAGCACUUCAAAUGUUAGCCUUGAUUUCGAGAAAAGUUCAAAAAUGAACUUUGAUAUCAAGGUUAGCGAGAUGUGGCUUUUAAGGGAAAUAAAAGCAGAGAAAACACCAAGCAACGUGGAGAGAAAAUCAUUCUUUGAUAAGACAAGCAGAAUGUUAAAAGCGAUAAGAAGUAUCAACUAUAACGAACAAAGCAAGGGCAAAGGUAGAAAGAACGUAAGAUUUCAGGAGGAUGUCGUUGACUCUUUUCUUCGGAAAUUGGAUAAAAAGAAGAACGACUUGUUUCAACAUCUAGAUAGAGUUAUUACAGGGUUUUCAGAGGAGGAAGAGGACAUUUAUCAUUUGCUGAGCUACGUUGAAGGCUCACUCGGACCACGAUGA